AGGGGUGAAAAUAUGUGUACAAUGCAAAUAAAUAUUCAAAAUUUAAUUUAAUUCAAUUCAGAUAAUACUCAGUAUUUUAUAUUCAAAUCGCUUGCAUUGAAUAAUGUAAAACAUGCCAUAGGCAGAUAAUUUAUGCCCUGAGCAGUACUUUUAAAACUGCUAAUUUUGACAUCAGGAGAUCCGGUUUCAUUCCAGAGGUAAUUCCAGUGGCAUUGCUUCAAAGAUUAGCCAUUGAGCAAGUUUAUAAAACAUACCAGACAACUAUUGACGUAAUGAAGCAUGUCUUUUUAUAAACAAGUUUCAGUUGAUAGUCACUGCAUGUGGAUACAUGCAGUUUAUUGUUUUAGGGCAACAGAAUUCCCAAUAUUUUCCAAAGCCAUGUGUAUAAUGGGGUGCAUAAGGAAAGAAUCCCACGUCACAACCUCAAUCCUAAAUCCCAUGUACGUCCCAACAUUUUUUGUUCACCAAAAUUGUGCUAGGGCUGGAGUUAUGCACAAGUGUGCUUGCAAGAACAUAUUUUGAUCAACUUGUGAAUUCACAUAAAUCCAAAACAUUCAGCCUACCAAAAGGACCAAUUCAUGACAUAGAUCUAAUGUGGUCAGUAGUGCCAUAACUUAGCUAAAACACAGUGUGUGUUUGGCCUUGGCAGGUACGGCCUGCAGCCAGCAGCAGCUGCCACAUUAAAGAUAAGUUGAUGUCAGAGGGCAGGAUGAACCAUGCCAAACGCUGCAGCAUGGUAAACUUUUACCACCAAAUUUUGCAUUGACAUGGAUUUGCAUAAUCAUGUGGUAGAGGCCAGGCCUCAUCCAACAUGUAGUGCUUAGCAUGGCUCUGAUCUCACAAACCAUCCAUUCAGAAGGUUUGGAUUGAUCUUUAGAAAUAUGUGGCCAACUGUGGGAACUUUAUAAGCAUUUCUGAGAUUGGUUACUGGCUGCUACACUGAUGUAUGUGGCUAUGCUUGAAGUAAUAUAGUUCUGCUUUCAACUUAUGGCAGUUUUUUGGACAUACCUUGCAGUAUACCAGAUUUUUAAAACAACUUGUCUCCAGCUGGUUGUGAGCAAGUGGUAUGCAAGGCCUUUCCAAAAGUGUGUGGAGACCUUCUGUUUAAAAAUGUAAAAAAAUUAUUUUGGCUUCAUAUGUCAGAUUCAUAAGAUUCAUCAUUUAUCAGAAUUUGUCCCAUUUUACAUCAUUGUUUCAUGGUAACAUUACCCAUACAUAUACAUAACAUAUUUUGUUCCCCAAAAUAUACUGAAAGUCUACCCAUUGCUGACAAGCUCAGCAUCAAUGACUGUUUUGUGAAAAAGCUGACCAGUGCUUGGAAGCCUUAUGGUGAAUGAAGUACCAAUACAGUGAUGUGAAGCUCAGAUACUACUGCUAUGGAAGGCGGCGGCGCUAUGGGCACCAUGCAGCGCUCAGCGGUGCUGAGCGGCCGCAAGCGCUUCCAGGUGACCUACGUGAUCCGCGAUGAGGUGGAGCGUCGGCACCGGGCCGGCGUCAACUCGCUGCAGUACGACGCCCAUCUGCAGCGGCUCUUCACCGCUGGCCGCGACGGCGUCAUCAGGAUGUGGAACUGUAAGAAUGCCAAGGAACCUUACAUACAGUCGAUGGAGCACCAUACCGACUGGGUGAACGACAUUGUCCUGUGUUGCGGCGGUAGAAACUUGAUCUCGGCCAGCUCGGACACGACGGUCAAAGUGUGGAGCGCCCACAAAGGCCUCUGCAUGUCCACGCUGCGCACGCACAAGGACUACGUCAAGGCGCUGGCCUACGCCCGGGAGAAGGAGCACGUGGCGUCGGCCGGUCUGGACAAGUCCAUCUUCCUCUGGGACGUGAACACGCUGACUGCACUCACCACCAGUAAUAACAUCGUGACCACGUCGUCGCUGAACGGCAGCAAGUUCAGCAUCUACAGCCUGGGCAUGAACGAGCUGGGCACGGUGGUGAUCGCCGGCAGCACCGAGAAGCUGCUGCGCGUGUGGGAUCCGCGCACCUGCGACCGCCUCAUGAAGCUGAGAGGCCACGCCGACAACGUGCGCGCCGUGCUGGUGAGCCGGGACGGCACGCAGUGUCUGUCGGGCUCCUCGGACGGCACCGUCAAGCUCUGGUCGCUCGGUCAGCAGCGCUGCAUCACCACUCUCCAGCUGCACGACUCGGUUUGGGCGCUACAGGUGAGUCACGACUUCAGCCGCGUGUACUCGGGCGGUCGCGACCGGCGGCUGCUGGUCACCAGCCUACGCAAGCCCGACACCAGCGUGCUGCUGGCCGAGGAGUCGGCCUCCGUGCUGCGCAUGGCGCUGGUCGGCGACGAGUCGCUCUGGGUCUCCACCUCCGAGAGCUCCGUCAAAAACUGGUCUUUGAAGAAUGUUGAAAAGCGGCUGGAGGACGCCUCAUACGACUUCCUGACCCCGCUCGCGACCAGCCCCGGUCGGGUGAUCGAGGGCGCGCCCAGCAUCAAACAGUACAAAGUUCUCAACGAUAAACGCCACGUGUUGACCCGGGACAGCGACGGUCACGUGGCCCUGUAUGACGUGCUGCACGCCAAGAAGGUGGAGGAGCUGGGUCAGGCCGACCUGGACGCCGAGGCCGAGCGGCGCUUCAAGAUGGUCUACGUCCCCAGCUGGUUCAGUGUCGACCUCAAAACUGGCUACCUGUCGGUGCACCUCAGCCAGGACGAGAUCGACUGUUUCUCGGCCUGGGUCAGCGCCAAAGACGCUGGACUGCAGACCUCCGACGGCGUCGACCAGAAAGUGAACUACGGCCGGCUGCUGCUGCAGGCGCUGCUGGAGCACUGGCCGCGCACGUUCCAGGCCGAGCCCGGCACGGAGCACACGCCCGAUGGACAGGCCAUGGCCAAGCCGGUCGGCAACGAGUACUUCUCGGUGCCGCCUCACACGCCCGUCAUAUUCAGCGAGGCCGGCGGCCGGUUUUUCUACCGUCUGCUGUGCCGAGACGCCGUCGGGGAGUCGGAGGGCACACUCAAUGAGAUGGUGCCCGACUGGGUGGUCGACUGCGUGGUGGAGCGCAACACGCCUAAGUUCAUCAAGGUGCCGUUCUACCUGCAACCACACGCUUCAGCCUCCAGCAGCAUAAAGAAUCAGAAAAAGGACCGGCUCAUCGCGAACGACUUUAUCCAGGUGCGCAAGGUGGUGGAGCACGUGUUCGAAAAGGUGCUGGGCGCGAGCUCGGAGGGCGGCGGCGUUGCGGCCGGCGGCAGCGGCGGCGGCGCGGCCGCAGCGGCAGCAGCGGCGGGCGGCGCCGAGCCGGCCGAGCGCGCCGAGAGUGCUAGCCUGGCGGAGGACCGAGUCGAACUGCUCUGCAACGACCAGGUUCUGGACCUGAAUAUGGACCUGCGGACAGUGCGACACUUCAUCUGGAAGAACUCGGCCGACUUGCAGCUGCACUACCGCCAGAUAAAGUAGCCGCGCCGGCACUAGGGUCAGAUGGGAUAGCCAGAAGUCACGUGGCCUCCACGAGGACACGAGUGCGGACCACCUGCCGGAGCUGUCGCACGAUCGGCUGUGCGGUCGACCUGCCACAGCUGCCGCGGCAUGUAGUCGGGCGCAGGCCACGAGCGAUGGCUGGGACAUACUCUGCCUGUUGUACGCGCGUUAGGAGCGCGUUUCGGCCCAGCUCGUAUCGGGCUGCGCCUCGCGUCGGCGGCGGAUCAUGGCUCGGCCCGGAGCCGAGCGGCGCGGCGGACCAGGGCUUGGCCCGGAGCCGAGCGGCGCGACGGACCAGGGCUUGGCCCGGAGCCGAGCGGCGCUUCGGCGCCCCAGCACGAGCCUGCGAGCGAGCCCCACUUGGACGCAGCCCGUCCUGCUCGGCAGUGCUGGAGGCCGCGGGCAGCGCCACCAGCUGGGGUGCGGCCGGCGUCCUCGGGAGCCGUGCCCUGCCGCCAGCUAACCACCCGUAAUCCGCGGCCGGUGUCUGACGGAGACGCCUCGUCCCGGGUCCCCCGGCGGUGGGUCCCAGGUGGCGUCCGCGUGGGGUGCUGGGUCGCGGGGUGACGCCCGCCGUCGCACACAGAAUCAAUGUCGGCUCGCGCCGCUGAGCAGGUGUGCUGAAGAGAUGAUCUCGUCGUUCUUACGUGCUAUGAAGUGCAAUGAAUGUUUAUUUUACCGAAUGAAUGCGCACCACGCCUGCUCCCUACAAGCGUGCAACGCAAUGAAGUGUUUAUGUUCUCCAUGGUCGCUGGUGUACGUCAGAUAAGGUAUGGGCUCAUCAAACUGUUCCUCCUGUAAACGAAAUACAGCCAUGUACUUCCAUUA